UUAUAAUUUAUCUCUUAUCUCUUUCACUUUUCUUUCUAUUUGAUUGAUUAUUGCUGCAAUUAACUUAAACCUCACCAUUCUCUCUCUUGCUAAUUUCCUCAGAGCCCAAACUCCUCCGUGAUAAUGGCCUUAGCAGUAGCAGCACCCACUCUAUCAUCUUUCCUUUCCAAACCGUCUUCACUCCUUUUCUACACUCACCCUUUCCCCAAAACCCCCACUCUCCCUCUCCAGCUCGUUUUCUCCAAAAACCCGAUUUCCGAUACUGUGGGAAGCUACGACGAUGAUAAGCCGCGCGAGGAAUGCGGCGUGGUUGGCAUAUACGGUGACCCGGAGGCCUCGCGGCUCUGCUACCUUGCCCUGCAUGCGCUCCAGCAUCGCGGCCAAGAAGGCGCCGGAAUCGUAACCGUCCACAACAAUGUCCUCCAACCACCCAUCACUGGCAUGGGCCUGGUCUCCGAAGUUUUCAACCAAUCAAAGCUUGACCAGCUCCCUGGCAACCUCGCCAUCGGCCACGUCCGCUACUCCACCGCCGGCCAGUCCAUGCUCAAAAACGUCCAGCCCUUCGUCGCCGGCUACCGCUUCGGCUCCGUCGGCCUGGCCCACAACGGCAACCUCGUCAACUAUAAGACUCUCCGAACCAACCUCGAGGACAGCGGCUCCAUCUUCAACACCUCCUCCGACACCGAGGUUGUCCUCCACCUCAUCGCCACCUCCAAACACGGACCCUUCAUUCUGCGAGUUGUUGACGCCUGUGAAAAGCUAAAAGGGGCUUAUUCUUUUGUCUUCGUCACCGAGGACAAACUUGUCGCCGUGCGCGACCCUUUCGGGUUCAGGCCUUUGGUUAUGGGAAGGAGGAGAAGCAACGGUGCCGUAGUUUUCACUUCUGAAACUUGUGCUCUUGACCUAAUUGAAGCGACUUAUGAGAGGGAGGUUUACCCUGGUGAGGUUAUCGUGGUGGAUAAAAACGGUAUUCAGAGUAUGCAGCUCAUGUCGUCUUCUCAUCCGAAACAACAGUGCAUAUUUGAACAUGUUUACUUUUCGCGGCCGAAUUCAGUUGUCUUUGGGAGGUCUGUGUAUGAGACUCGUAGAAAAUUCGGGGAGAUUUUGGCUACUGAGAGUCCCGUGGAAGAGUGUGAUGUUGUGAUUGCUGUGCCUGAUUCUGGUGUUGUGUCAGCGAUUGGUUUUGCUGCAAAAGCUGGAGUUCCCUACGAGGUGGGUUUGAUUAGGUCACAAAAUGUGGCGAGGACUUUCAUUGCCCCAUCACAGGAGAUUAGGGACAUUGGUGUGAAGCUGAAGCUAUGGCCAGUUCGUGCAGUGCUAGAAGGUAAAAGUGUUACGGUUGUGGAUGAUUCCAUUGUGAGAGGAACAACCUCGUCCAAGAUUGUUAGGUUGUUGAGAGAGGCAGGUGCUAAGGAAGUUCACAUGAGGAUUGCGAGUCCUCCCAUAAUUGCUUCCUGUUAUUAUGGAGUGGAUACUCCCAAUUCUCAAGAGCUCAUAUCGAGUAAGAUGAGUGUGGAGGAGAUAAGAGACUUUAUUGGGGCGGAUUCACUUGCCUUUUUGUCCUUUGAUAGCUUGAAGACCUUGUUGGGAACUCAGAGUCCCAAUUUUUGUUAUGCUUGUUUCUCUGGGAAUUACCCUCUGGAUCCUAGUGAGACUUAAGCCACCCUUCAGUGGGCUGGGGACGGGAACUUACAACAAUCAUUUAUUCAUAUCGCUAAUUAGAAUACUUAAUCAGCUGAAAAUACUUACUAAUAAUCACCACUCAAUUACUCAUUUUCAAUUUUAUUUGUUAAA